AGUACUAAAAAGUUACGUAGUUGUCGUGAAUAUAAAACAGUAUAAAUUCUCCAAAGAAUCAAAUGUUUAAAAAGCUAGCAUGCUUUGAACGUAACUUUUUGAACAAAUGAAAGACGAAUAACAUAAAUAUCAAAAAACAAAUUCCGUCACCGCCGUCGUUUACAAAUCGCCGCCGUGCACCACCGCAAUUGCAUGGGCGCAUCAUUAUCAAACGCGGCGGAGAACGGUUUCGCCGCCGGAGGAACAGGGUUAGGUGACAUACCGGAAAGUUGCGUAGCUUGCGUUUUCAUGUACUUAACGCCGCCGGAGAUUUGUAAUUUGGCUCGGCUGAACCGGUCGUUUCGCGGCGCGGCUUCGUCGGAUGCUGUAUGGGAAGCGAAACUUCCGUGUAAUUAUCCUUAUAUGCUUGAACUUUUGCCUGUUUGUAGAUAUGAAGGUCUUUCGAAGAAGGGGAUUUUUGCUCUAUUAUCUCGUCCUGUCUCGUUUGAUAAUGAUAAUAAGGAAGUAUGGUUGGACACAAUAAGUGGAAGGAUUUGCAUGUCAAUAUCUUCAAAAGCAAUGUUGAUAACAAGUAGUGAAGACAGGAGACAUUGGAACUGGUUUCCAUCGGAUGAAUCAAGGUUCCAGGUCGUGGCAUAUUGCCAGCAAGUCUGGUGGUUUGAAGUAAGUGGAACAGUGAAGUUUCCAUUUCCUCCGGAUAUAUACACUCUGACAUUCAGGAUCCACAUUGGGAAAUUCCAUAAGAGACUAGGCCGGCGUGUUUCCAACUGUGAGCACACACAUGGAUGGGAGUUGGGGCCAAUACGCUUUGAACUGUCUACUUCUGGUGGACACCGUGCAGUUAGUGAGUGCCUCCUCCAUGACAUUGAACAAGAAGAUGCAAAAGUAAAAAAUAAGCGUGGAUGCUGGAUUGAGUACAAGGUGGGUGAAUUUAUUGUCAGUAGAUCAGAUCCUGUAACUGAAGUUAGAUUCUCGAUGAAACAGAUCGACUGCACACAUUCCAAAGGUGGGCUGUGUCUUGAUUCCGUAUCAAUUACCCCAAGUAAUCUCAGGAGGAGUAGAAGAACAGGGAGUUUCUGUAAAUGAUAUGUUUCCUAGUUUUACCAUCACUUGUAGAAAGUAUUAAAAUUAGAUUCAUUACACAGCUUAUACUACCUAAAAUCCGAUACCAUGGAGGAUGUCUUUGUAUUUUUUCGCCUUAGGUAUGUCCCUCCAAUUAAUGUAAAUGUUAAUGCUUUGUAUUUGAUCCAGUUUUGCUGCAUAGUGUAACUCCUGUGACAAGAAGAAAGUCUAGUUUUAGUCAUGUAUAUAUAUACAAAUGUAUAAUGUAUUUUAGUCAUGUAUAUAUAUACAAAUGUAUAAUGUAUCUGCCUUUA